GAAUAAUAUGAUAGGAGUAUUCACAAUACAUAUAAGAAAAUAGUGUGAAAACGCUUUGGAAAAAAAAAAAAUAAUAGUGUGAAAACGCUCAAUACAUAUUAUGAAUAUGUCUAUGGUCAAAUGGUGUUGUGUCAAUAUUUGUGCGGCUAUGUUAUUAUAUAGAAAAAUCAAAUUUCGAAUUAUGUGGAUAAUGGAUCUCAUCACAAUAAACAAAAUAAUUUAAAAAUGAUUUUAUGAAGAAAAUACAAAAUCAAGAAAACAAAAACAUAGAUGCACCACAGCCUAGAAGAAUUGAUUGCCUUGCCCUUGACCCAAGUUCAUUUUUACUCCUUUUCUAAAUUAUGGGAGUUGGUGGAAUAGCGAGGAUUGACUAUUGACCAGCAGCUCCUUACAUAUUGAUCCCUUUAGUCUUGUCCAUACUCUAGGCUGCUGGCUCACUCAUUUUGCAGCUAGUCAACAACGACAGUGAAGAGCUUGGGAAAAAGAUAGGGGUGAAAUGGCGGUGAAGGUGUACGGUUCAGCCUAUGCUUCCCCGAAGCGAGUAAUCGUGUGCCUUAUUGAGAAGGGAAUCGAGUUUGAGACUGUCCCAAUCGAUCUCGUCAAGGGAGAGCACAGACACCCAGACUUCCUCAAACUGCAGCCGUUUGGAUCGGUGCCUGUGAUUCAAGAUGGAGACUACACUUUGUAUGAAUCGAGGGCGAUCAUAAGGUACUACUCAGAGAAGUACAAGUCGCAGGGGACUGAUCUGCUUGGGAAGACCAUAGAGGAAAGAGGGCUGGUUGAGCAGUGGCUGGAAGUUGAGUCACAGAACUUCCACCCACCUAUCUACAACCUGACCCUUCACGUCAUGUUCGCCUCUGUUCUGGGCUUCCCAGCUGACGAGCAGCUCAUCAGGGAGAGCGAGGAGAAGCUUGGGAAGGUGCUGGACGUCUACGAGGAGAGGCUGUCGAAGAGCAAGUACUUGGCUGGGGAUUUCUUCAGCCUUGCUGACCUUAGCCACCUCCCAUUCACGCAGUACUUGGUGGGUCCAAUCGGGAAGGAGUACAUGAUUCGGAGCAGGAAGCAUGUGAGUGCAUGGUGGGAUGAUAUCAGCAGCAGACCUUCUUGGAAGACGGUUCUUCAGCUUUGAGAUAGCAAAAAAAUGGCUACACUCCUGAUGGGAUCUUGAAUGUUUUGCGGGGUUAUGGAGAUGCUUCUCUACUUGUGUUAUAAGGUUCCUAAGUAAUAAUGAUGCCGUCGAGGUUGUAGGCCAUGUGAUGGUGCUCUUUAUGUGGUUUGGACUUCUGUGAUUGUGUGCCAAUAAUAAGUGAAACCUUGUUGUGUUGUCUUUGUAACAAUAUAUCUUUUGGGCUCAUUGUUUUGCGCGUAUGGUUCCACUUUUUCUGUUCUAGCUCUUGCAUUAGAAGGAUGUGUGAUCAGGAAAUCUUGGAAUACCUUGAUUCUGUUUAUCUAGAGUACCUCUUAUAGCACGAGAUAUAGAGGCUAAUUUGUAGCAUAUACCAUUUAACUCUUUUUUUAUUUAUUUACGAAAGGUAACCAUAUAUUGAUUAAAAACAUCGAUAGUUACAUACUGGAACACAGUCAGGGUUGUUAAUCAAAUGAUUGACUCAUAGUCGGGUACAAUGAAAGGGCCUUUCUAGCCGCCAAAUGGGCUACCCUGUUACUACGCCGACCUACAAAUCGAACACGAAAACCAGUAUGGGAACAAAAUAGUGCACAAUUUCUUCUAGAAUAGCUCCCAUCCUGUUAUCUCUAGUAUCAACAUGAUUAAUCUUCUCGAUAACCACCUUGGCAUCACUUUCAAAGCACAUGUCUGUGAAUCCGCGGGCUAGGCACCAUAAAAUAGUAUCCCGGAGAGUAAGCAACUCAACUACCAUAGGAUCAUCAAUUAACGAAAACUGGACCCCAUUAACCAAAAGGAUUUCCUUAGCGUGUUUCAAAAUGAACAUCCCGCAUGACGAGUGGGACCCACUCCUUGUUGCCCCAUCCCACAUGCAAAUCGUCGACCUAGCCACCCCAUGACCCAAAGGAUAUUGCACUGGGACAGAAGGUUGCAGAACUCGGUCCAUCGACAAUCUGAACCACUCCUCAUACUGCUGAUUAAAUUGUCACAUUAAGGCAGGUAUCCCGAACUGUUUGCCUGAGACCACCCAGUUACGGGACAGUGACAAACGCCAUAAGCAGAGAAGGCGGAUGUACAAGAGACAUCAACCUUUUUAAAAAAGCGGGAAAGUAUGACGAUGAAACCCUUGCCCAAGAUACUCCAAACCGGAAAGGUCCCAUAGUGCGCGAGCCACUAGGCAAUCUAAAAACAAAUGUUCCAAUGUUUCAGAAGAAGCCCAUCAAACUGGGCAUCUGUGGAGCACAUAGAUAUCAUUUUCAAUUAGGGAUUACGUAGUUGGAAGGAUUCGGUUAAAUAUUUGCCCGACAAACACUUUCAACUUGGGAGGAAUAAUAGCCUCCCAUAACCGAAUCCAACUGGCACUAUCCAUCGAACUUGCCAUGGACCGCCUAUGACCCCUCCGCCUAUCGAUUAAUACUGCAAAAUGGUAGGAUGACUUAACCGUAAACACCCCAUCAACAUUAUCAUUCCAAACAAGCCUAUCCUCCACAUUCUGGCGAGGAAGAGGAAUAGCCUUUAUGGCCUGACAGGUUGGCGGGUCAAACCACUAGCUAAGCUUUUUUGCCUCACACUAGCGCCCCUCCUCUGGAUAGAUAAUCUCCGCUACCUUCGGUCCCUCCUCGUCGGAGAGCACAAGAGGGUUAAAUACAGGGGAGGAAGGAUGUGAUUGAGGUAUCUAGUUGGAAUUAAGUAGAGGCGCAGUCUUCCCAUUACCAAUUUGCCAGCGUAAUCCCAUUUCUAAUAAUUGCCGGCCAUAAAGGAUACUCUGUCACCCCCAAGAGGGGCGGGAGCGAGCCGUAGCCUUGAGGAAGGUGGUAUGAAGAAAAUAUUUCCCUUUGUAAACCUGGGCUAGGAGGGAUUGGGGAUCAGUAAGGAUACGCCACCCAAUUUUAGCCAAAAGAGCCUGAUUAAAAUGAUCGAAGCGAC